AUGGACAAGCUUGCCUCGAAGCUCGGUGGUGGACACAAGCACGGUGCUGGUGGUGUCCAGAAUGAGGACUACGUCGACAGGGGUCUUGACUCCCUCGAGAACAAGUACGGCCACGGCAAGAUCGACCCCCAUAACCCGAAGGUGCGACAGACGAAUGAACGCAUCACUGAUUCCGCGAGGAACAAGUUCGAGAGUGCGACUGGGAAACAUGUGCCCUCCAAGAUCUCGAACUAG